AUUUCAUCUGUUCUCUCAGAAGAAACACUAGUCCCUAGCUAUGGCGGACUUUAACGAGAAGAUAAGCGAAGAAGAGGAGACGAUACCAACCAAGAAUCUCCCUGAGGGCAUCAUUGCCGACAUACUUUCAAGGCUUCCGGUCAAGUCUCUUGUUAGAUUCAAGUGCGUAUGCAAACCCUGGUGUGCUCUUAUAAUCGAUCCUGCUUUCGUCAAAAUGCACCUCAGCCGAUCCCUUGCAAGCAAUAGCAAUCUCAGCCUCAUUUUCCGUGGUUCCUAUCUCUACUCUGUCGACUUAGAUGCUUGCGAACAACAACCCGCGGUAGAACUCGAUCAUCCGCUUAAGACUCCAAACUACGGAACCGCAGUUGUUGGUUCUUGCAACGGCUUACUCUGUAUAUAUAAUACUGAGGAGGACAUAUUCCUUUGGAAUCCUUCUACCAGAAGGCAUCAGAAGCUACCCAUUACUCCUAUCGAGUUUCCCCGCGCAUUUGGAAUUUGCCGUUUCAUUGUUUACGGAUUCGGUUACGACCCCACCACAGACGAUUACAAGCUAGUAAGGGUUGUGCAGUUUUAUGGUGAUGAUGACUACUGCUGCGAUUCAGAGGUGAAGGUUUACACACUUAGCACCAAAUCAUGGAGAAGGAUUGGGGACAUGCCCUUCCACCUCAGUUACAAGCACGGGCAUGGGGUUCUUACAAAUUUUGCUCUUCAUUGGGUUGCAAAGCGCGAGAUGAGACCUGACACUGUCUCCAGUUUUAUCGUUUCUUUUGACCUUCAAGAUGAGGAGUAUCGGGAGGUGCCACUGCCGGACUUUGUGGAUGAUAAGUUUCACAUGAAUGUUGGGGUUCUUGGAGGACAACUCUGCUUGCUCUGUAACUUCUUCAUGGUCCGUGUUGAGAUUUGGGUGAUGAAGGAUUACGGCCUCAGGGAUUCUUGGACGAAACAGUUCUUGAUCGAACAACCAUCGGUGAUAAGGUCCUUUGAGUACCUCAAACCUGUAUGCUAUUCAAAGAAUGGUGAACUUAUACUUGAGAAGGAUUUAAAAGGGCUAGUCCUGUAUGAUCCCCGUAGACAAAGGGCUAGGGAUCUUAGGAUUAUUGGUAUUCCAGAUUCAAUUGAAAUAGAGAUCUGCAUUGGGAGUCUUGUCCCACUCAAUGCCAAAGAUGGAACAGAACAAGCAGAAAAGAAGAAAAAGAACAGGAAGCAGAAGAAGAAAAAGAACAGGGAGCAGAGGUAAUAAUAUAAUGGGAAUUUGACAUGGUAUUUUUUUUUUUUGACAGAUUAUUGAUAUGGUAAUUGGUAGAGCAUAUUUACACUUCAAGCUACUCUUCCUGUGUCAUCUCCAUUCUUGCAGCUGUCUGAAGUUUUAAUGCAAUUAUUCAAGUUUCAAGCUGCUUGAUUUC